AUUUCUCAGGCCUUUUCACAAUUAUUCCACAACUACGGAAUUAGGUUCUGCACAGAAGAAGCAUGUCAUUCAGGUUGCUUGAGUAACUAGUCAUCACUGUGACUUGACCUCUAUAUCACUGAGGCAAAAUACUUCGUUUUGGUUAACUUACCGUAUUUUUCGCGAUGUUAUUCUGUGGCAGCAGUUUGAAAAACAGCCUCCAGCUGACCAAGUAUACUGAAAUAAUUCAUACGACUGUUUGUUGUACAGCAUUUGGACUGAAAACCUAAUUCAGUCAUUCUUACAAUAGGCAUGAUAAAUUGUAUAUCCAUCAGAAUAAAAAUUUAAAACACUGAAGUGGGUUCAUUAGCGAAUUUAGGUUAUACGACAUAAUGUUUCCUAUUUUAACCAGAACUUCACCAAUAUUUUACAAUUUUGUCUGAUAUCUCACCAACAUUUUACCACUAUUGGGUUAAUAAUUUACAAUGGUUUAACCAAUAUGCUGCCUAGGCUUAAUCAAUAUUUUCAAUUAUAAAACCAUCACUUUCCCAUUUUAACCAUUAUUCAAGCAAUAUUUUCCUAUUUCUGCUUUAUCUAACUUGGACUUGGUCAUUUAUUGCACUAGACCAAAACCGUGCCCAUUUAACGAUUAUUUAUCCAUUUUUCGUCUACUUUUCUCCAACCGGGAUACUUUAGGUCAUAUAUCAAUUUGUUUAAGGAAAUCAUUUACAGUCAUCGUUCUGAUAUUUUGGUCAGUUGGUUCCCUAAUGUCUGUUGUUUUAUUUUGGUUUGCAAUACCUAGAUUCCAGACUGUAAAACAACAAGUUCUGUUUAACCUUUAGCAGGUGAUAAAAAGUCACUGGGUAAGGCUACCGCGGCUCAAACAUCACUGUAAUCCGUCUUAUUAUUUUUGUCUUACUGCUGUUGAGUGUAUUGCUGCUACACAUGCUUAUCUAUUUAGAUAAGGCUACAAGCAACGGAAUAUGUCACGCAUAUAAGAAUGUCCACUCGCUAUUCCUCUUAUCAGUAAUCGUACCUGUGGUGCUUUAUUCGCUUUUCUGGUUUUAAAUCUAAAUACAUAAAUGCCAAACAAAAUCACACUGCUCUUCUGUAUCUAGGAGCCUGCAACAUUGCCUAUAUUUUUAUUCACAGUAAUUUGGUUGCUUAAUGUAUUUACUCUGAGUGAAUGUUUGAGCAAUGAAACUUCAAUUUUAGUUCAGUCUACUUUUGGAUACGUAUUUUGAGUAGAAGUAUUAGUGCUAGAGGUAACGAUUAAGGACCUGUAAGCGUGUGCACCUGUUUGACAAUUUUAAUCUUUGGUUUUUCGAGGAUUUUUCGGUGUUUCUAAAAUUCAUCAUUUUUCUUCUCAUAAAAUAUUUAUCUUGCCGUCAUUUCUAGAGUAUUUGGACUCAUAUUCGAAAAAAGGAGAGAGGAAACUUUUAGCAUUUAAGCAUCGGAUUUGUACAUGGAGAUCUUCAGACUUGGUGAGGUUGGACCACCUAAGGAUGACGACUUUCAACGCUUCAAGGGCAUGGCAACAGAUGACACGAAUUGGAAACGGCGAUACAGGAAGAAAAACGUGGAAGUUUACACCCGGUCAACCCCACAUACCAGCAUGAAAAUGAUCAAAGUGGUUGCCAUUUUUCCUGAUGUUCCUUCCAACGUGAUAUAUGAUAUGAUGCAUGACAAUUCUUACCGCUCAUCAUGGGAUAAUACUAUGCGUGAGUCCACUCCAAUUUGUCGCGUAACAUGGAAUUGCUACAUCGAGCAUUUUGGAUUUAGAGCUCCAUUCGCGUUUGCUAAUCGUGAUUUCGUUCUGCUGCGAGCCUGGAAACCGUAUGAACAUGAGUAUAUAAUCUACAAUAGGUCUGUUUUUCAUAAGCAAGUACCUCCAAGAGCGGAUUAUGUACGUGCUUUAACGUAUAUUACUGGCUAUGUGAUUACUGCUCUCAGUCCUUCUUCAUGUCGGUUGAUAUAUCUAACACAAAAUGAUCCUAGAGGUGACAUUCCAUCAUGGGCAAUAAACUUGGCAACCACCAAGGUGUGUCCACGUCUUGUGAAGACAUUACAUCGAGCAGCUCUCCGAUAUCCUGCAUGGAAAGCCCAAAAUCGGCCAGAAUUUGCACCUUGGCGAAAUCCUGAACAACAGGAUAAGACAAUACCUGAACUAUGUCCAGCAGAUAUACUAAAGGAACCAGAUUUCUCACUGAAGAAAGUUCAUGAGAAUCGUGCCACUAAGGAAGGUGCUUUGAAAGAAAUUGGAUUACCACCGGAUACAAAGAUUGAUGAAGAUAGCUCUUAGCUAUGAGUUAAAUAUGAAUGCUCUUAAACUAAUUUGACAGAGCUUUACACUUAUCUAUAAUUUUAUUUCUACCCUUGGAUGUCAAGAUUUUUGUUUGGACGUUGUCGAUGUGCUAACUUUAACUGCACUUAGACGGUUUUUGCAUGUAAUGUAUAUUGACUAGCUGUGAAUAGGAAUUCUGCGGCAAGGAAAGCUGUGCUUUUUCUUUUUUCACCUUUAAAAUAGUGGAAAUUCUUCUUUUCAUUGAUUUUUCUACUGUUCUAAUAAGAAUCCCCAUAAUUAUUUAAAUAACAUACGAUUAUC